AUGUCUUCCAGAUCUCUCGUCUGGAAGCGAUCUGUAGUCAGAAGUUCAAGACGACUUUUAUCAGGUCGUCUGUCAUGGCAUAGGGUAGUACACGAGCAACCAGAACACCUGAUGGGUGCCCGAAUAUGGGUGGAGCAUCCAGAGAAAGUAUGGGAGAGUGCCACGGUGACGUCAGACUACCGGUCUGGCGUGCUUAUAGUGAAGAUCGACCAGACCGGGGAGAUCCGCCAGAUCAAGAUCAAGGAUGAGACGAAGAUGCCUCCACUUCGGAACCCUUCACUCCUCAUCGGCCAGAAUGACCUGACCUCUCUGUCAUACCUGCACGAGCCAGCUGUCCUGCAUAACCUUAGAGUUAGAUUCUGCGACCGCAACGCCAUCUACACAUACUGUGGGAUCGUUUUAGUUGCAAUCAAUCCCUACUACGAUUUACCAAUAUACGGCGAUGAAACGAUUAUGGCUUACCGUGGCCAGGCGAUGGGUGACCUAGACCCACACAUAUUCGCCGUCUCAGAAGAGGCUUACACGAAGCUAGAAAGAGAGAGGAGAGAUCAGAGUAUUAUUGUGAGCGGUGAAUCCGGUGCCGGUAAAACUGUAUCAGCCAAAUACGCCAUGCGAUACUUCGCUGCAGUCGGGGGCAAUGCCAGCGAGACGCAGGUCGAGAGGAAAGUGCUGGCUUCCAGUCCUAUUAUGGAGGCGAUAGGAAACGCAAAAACAACGCGUAACGACAACUCCUCAAGAUUCGGAAAAUUCAUAGAGAUACAUUUCGACAAUGUAUACCGGAUUUCCGGUGCCAGUAUGCGCACCUACCUUCUGGAGAAGUCCAGGGUGGUCUACCAGAGCGCUGGAGAAAGGAACUACCAUAUAUUUUACCAGCUCUGCGCUGCUGCAGCGCAAAUGCCUGAGUUACAGUUAGAUCAUCAAGAAUCGUUCCAUUAUUUGAACCAAGGCGGCAGUCCAAAUAUAGACGGGGUUGAUGACCUACGCACCUUCAACGAAACUAGAAGUGCAUUAACUACCUUAGGAGUGACAGAGACAGAGCAAGAAGAUAUGUUCCGCAUCCUAGCAACCAUUCUCCACCUGGGUAAUGUAGAGUUACAUGCGUGCGAUCCCGACGCACCGCCCACCCAGGACACAGACGAUGGUGCUUAUAUUAAUUCUACAGACAAGCAUCUGGCUAUAGUAUGCUCCUUGCUUGGCAUAUCCCGCGCGGAACUGUCUCGAUGGCUCACGCACAGGAGAAUCGCAUCUGCACAUGAGGUAAUAGUAUCCCGUAUGGACGUCCAGCGAGCUUCUUUCGCUCGUGACGCGCUCGCCAAGCGAAUGUACGGCGAGCUGUUCGCGUGGCUGGUCCACGCCGUCAACAGGGCCUUGGAUACAGGACAUGCCAAGAAACAUUUUAUUGGUGUCCUAGAUAUCUACGGUUUUGAAACAUUCGAGAUAAAUUCCUUCGAGCAGUUCUGUAUUAAUUACGCUAAUGAAAAACUACAACAACAGUUCAAUUCUCAUGUCUUCAAGCUGGAACAGGAUGAGUAUAUUAAGGAAGAAAUAUCGUGGGAAAUGAUAGAGUUCUAUGACAACCAACCGUGUAUAGACCUGAUUGAAGAUAAGUUGGGGGUUCUCGCGUUACUUGACGAGCAGUGCCGAGUGCCUCAAGGUAGCGACGCUGGCUUCGUCGCCAAGCUGCAUCAGGCGUGUGCUGGGUAUCACCAUUUCAUGAAGCCGAGGUUCGGGAACGCUGCCUUCAUUAUAAAGCAUUUCGCUGACAACGUCGAGUACCAGUCAGGUGGUUUCCUUGAAAAGAACAGAGAUACAGUGUCAGAAGAACAACUGGAGUGUAUAAAGACAGCCACCAGUUGUAGGCUGAUACACGCCAUGUUUGCUGACCGGAGCUGUGAGCAACCCUCGUCAAAUACUCUGCCACCACCCUCCAAGAGGAGGACCACGCCUUCUGUGCCAUUGGGCAGUCUUACUCAACCCCCCCGCCGUACGUCCGGCCAGAAACAAACAGUGGGCUCUCAAUUCCGCGCGUCACUAUCAGCGCUAAUGUCCACACUGUCGGCCACCACGCCGCAUUACGUGCGGUGUAUCAAACCCAACGACACUAAGGAGCCAUUCAUGUUCGAUAGCGCUAGAGCCGUUAACCAGCUCAGAGCUUGCGGUGUGUUGGAGACGAUCAGAAUUUCAGCUGCGGGCUUCCCGUCUCGUUGGCUGUACCAAGAUUUCUUCGCCAGAUACCGUCUCCUCUGCCUCCACCGUGAGAUAGACCGCGCUAACAUCAAGGCGACUUGCAGCCGGAUACUAACUAGACAUGUCAAGGAUCCAGAUAAAUACCAGUUCGGUGCCACCAAGAUAUUCUUCAGAGCUGGACAGGUGGCGUACUUAGAAAAGGUUCGAGCAGACAUACAGAGGGAAUAUUGUGUUCGAGUGCAGAGUUGCGUGCGACGAUUUGUCGCAAGACGCAAGUAUCUGCGACUGGUCGCCGCGAUUCGUGGCCUCCAAGCGAGGGCUAGAGGUUUCCUUGCUAGAAGACGAGCUCAAGAGAUCCGUCGCAAGCGUGCCGCUAUUAAGAUCCAGCGCAAUGUACGCGGCUGGCUCGCUCGGCGCCGGUACCAGCGCCUGCGCAGGCUAGCCAUCGGGUUACAAGCGCAUGCGCGCGGGUACCUCGCCAGGAAACUGUACAGGGAUCGCAGGAAGGUCAAGGCUGUGAUAACUAUACAACGGUAUGCGCGCGGCUACCUCGCCCGUAAACGUGCCAAGAAGAUCAGACAUCAAAUCAUCAUCGCUCAAUCUGCUAUCCGUCGUUUCCUCGCCCGUCGUCAAUACAAGCGCCUUCGUAUAGAAGCCAGGAGUCUAGACCAUGUCAAGUCUCUGAACAAGGGUCUGGAGAAUAAGAUCAUCAGCCUGCAGCAGCGGCUGGGAGAUGCAAUGGAGAAGAACAAGAGUAUCGAGGUCCUCAUGGCCCAGAUUGUCGAUUUGAAAGCAAAACUAGAACUGCUAAAACUGGUAGAAAUCGAAGCUAAAACACUCCGAGUGGACAUAUUCGACAAGAACAGCCUAAUAUCAACUCUACAAGAGGAGUUGGAAAGAGAAAGAGACAGCAAUAGACUCCUUAAAGAGGAGAAGAGAAGUUUAGAGGAGAAAUAUGAAAAGGAUAAAGUUACGUGGGAGGAGGAGAGUGAGAAGCUGGCUAAUGAAUUGAGAAGCAGUAAAGAACAUUAUGAAUUGGCUAUUGAAGAACGUGACAAACAGCAUGAGGCGGAAAAGAAGGCGUUGAAUGCUGAACUGGAAGCUGAAAGACAGAGUCGCCAGAAGCUGCUCUCUGCUCAGUAUGAGCUGCAGGAGAGGAUCGACUCGUUGCAAAGCAAACCAGCUCCGAAAGAGCACAGAAGAUCUCUAUCCGACGCCAGUAAUAAUUCACAGCAAGAAACUACUGUCGAGGAUGACUACGGUUACGGGUCAGUCAGGUCAGUGGAGAGCACCCGGCCAGCGCUGGAGGCAGUCAACUGGUCAGCUGGAUCGCAUAAUGGACCUACACAGCCGGUGGCAGACGCAGGUCUUGUUCUGCGCAUGCGUAACAGAAUAUCCGCGUUACAGAGCGAACUGUCGCGGACAACGAAGAGAGCCGCCGACCUUGAAGACAGGAUCAUGAACCGCCACUCAACGCCCCCCACAAAUCCCAACAUAGAUCGUUACAAGUUAGAAGAAUUGGAGAUUGAGAACAAGAAGCUCCGAGAACACCUGGACAGGCUUAGAGCGGCUGGAGAUAGCAUGCUCGUCUCCAAGGAGGUUAUAGAACAAAUGAAUGUUAUGCAAAAGGAGUUGGACAGGAGAAGAGACGAGUGCAUACAGCUUAAGAGUGUCCUAACUAAUCAGACUGUGAACUUAAAGUCGCUGGCGUCUUCCAACUACGGGUCGGACGUCGAUAUUAUAAAUGAAGAUGGCGAAUUGGCAACUGCUUACGAAGCUCAGAAGGGAAUUAAUAGGCAACUACAAGAAGAAUUACUGCUGGAGAAGAAGUUCUACUCCGAACACAUAUCUAAGUCGAAGGCAGAAAUAGAAAAACUGCGAGAAGAGAAUGAGAAAUAUCAAAAGUUGCUUAGCUCCGAAUUGAGCGCGGAACCGAAGAACAAGACUCAAGAGUUUGCGCAAAAUGAGAUUAUUCGGUUGGCAGCUGAAAGUUUGGCUUUACAGGAACGCGUAGAUAAGUUAUCAGAAAGCUGUCGCCGCUACAAGAACCAAAUCCGUUUACUUGUGAACAAGCUAAAGGAGGUCGGCAUCGAUGAUGUCAACGAUAUUCUUGAUAGCAAUGCGCCUGCCACUCCGACUGGAUCCUCUCAUAUAAAUAUUGUUCCAGAUCCAGUGGUGCCACCAAACGCUUCGAUGACGCUAGAGAUGGCGCCGGUCACACGGAAGAAGGAACGCGAAUACCUCGGCAUGUUCGAAUACAAGAUACAGGACGAAGGGUUGAUCAUUAAGAAGCUUAUUUCUGAUUUGAAGCCCAAAACAGCAGUAACCCUGCUGCCUGGGUUGCCAGCCUACAUCCUGUUCAUGAUGCUUCGACACAUGGACCACGUGGACGAUGAGCCCAAGAUGCACCAGCUCAUGAAAGCUGUCCGCACUGCCGUCAAAAAGACCUUGAAGAAACGAGCUGAAAGCGUCGAGUACAAUGCUCUAUGGCUCGCUAAUAUGUUGCGGUGA